AUGGCUGAACAAAGGCAACGUGCUUUGUCAACAUCGGGGGAAGCAUUAUAUGAAAUCCUGGCCCUAGAGAAGGGAGCAACACACGAUGACAUUAAGAAGUCCUACAGAAAAUUGGCUCUGAAAUAUCAUCCCGACAAGAAUCCAGACAAUCCAGAGGCUGCAGAAAAAUUUAAAGAGAUCAAUAAUGCUCAUGCAACACUGACUGAUCUGUCCAAGCGGAACAUUUAUGACCAGUAUGGAUCAUUAGGGCUCUAUGUGGCAGAACAGUUUGGUGAGGAAAAUGUUAACACCUACUUCAUGCUCUCAAGCUGGUGGGCAAAGGGCCUGUUUGCAGUCUGUGGCCUGCUGCCAGGCUGCUCCCUCUGCUGCUGCCUCUGCUGCUGCUUCAACUGCUGCUGUGGAAAGUGUAAACCCAAAGCACCCGAAGGGGAAGAGCAAGAGUUUUGUGUGUCUCCAGAAGAUUUGGAAGAGCAGAUUAAGAACGACAUGGAAAGAGAUGGAGAAACUCCUAUCGUCCUUCAGCCGACUAACGCAACUGAGAAGACACAGCUAAUAGGGGACAGCCAUCGGAGCUAUCACACAGACUCCUAG